AUAAAUAAAAAUAAAUAUUUCAAUGCUCAUGACUAAGGCAUGAUCAGCGAAGCGUUACGCCACAGAUCUUGAAAAAAUUGAAAUUAAUUCGAAUAUUGUACAAAUCCAUCAACCCACUACUCAGGGCCAUAGUAUUUAUGGUUGCAUUUAAUACUUUAAUUAAUGGCAAAUGUUUUUUUUUUGUUAUUCGCUUAAUUAAAUUAAUCACCAAAAAACGCGAAAAAUAAAAGAUCUGUGUUGGAAAAAAAGUGAAAUUUUUGCGGCAUGAAAAAUCGCUAGAAACGCAUUCGCAAUACCAAUUAGAAAAAUCAAUGUGCCGGCUUGUGUGAAAAACGCCGCCGCCGCCACCACCAAUUGGAAAUUGUAAUCGAGCUGUAGCCAAGGAAGAGAAUUGAUCUUGAAACAUAAAAAUUUCGGGAAAAGAAUAGGAUAUGCAAACAAUUUCGAAGACAAGCUGAAUAAAAAUAAGAAACCAAAAAACAAAAGAAGAGAGAGGGGAGGAUAAUCAAUGGAUGGAAAAACUUCGAUAUAUCCCGAUGCUGCCACUGUAUUUGCUGGAGUGUGUGCUUGCUUUUUUACCGUUGUUGGGGUCUGUGGCAAUCUCAUAACGAUUUUGGCCUUGGUGAACUCACCCAAGAUACGUGGCCAUGCCACAACAGCCUUUGUCCUGUCCCUGUGUAUUUCGGAUCUGCUUUUCUGUUCGUUUAGUUUGCCGCUGACAGCGGUUCGUUUUUUCGCCCAGAAAUGGACGCUGGGCGAUGAUUUGUGUCGCAUCUUUCCGGUGAUCUUCUAUGGCAAUGUGGCCGUGUCGCUGCUAAGCAUGGUGUGCAUUACCAUCAACCGAUAUAUCCUGAUCGGUUGCCAUAAUAUCUAUGGACGUUUGUAUAGGCGCCAGUGGAUUAUUGUCCAAUUGGCCUGUGUGUGGUUUGUGUCGUUUUUGCUGUUGUUGCCACCCUAUCUGGGGGUGUGGGGUGAAAUGGGUCUGGACGAGGUAACCUUCUCCUGUACGAUACUCAAGAAAAAUGGGCGUUCGAUUAAAAAACCCCUAUUCCUGCUGGGUUUCCUACUGCCAUGCCUGGUGAUCAUUGCCUCCUACAGCUGUAUCUACAUCAAGGUGUUACAACAAAAACGGAAAAUGAAAUGUCAUCGCCAGUUUGUGAUAAAUUCCAGCAAUGCUGAAAAUCUGGCAAGUGAUACGCGAAAAGAUCGGGAAGACAGUCGCCUAACGUUGAUGAUGAUGACGAUAUUUGUGUGCUUCCUAAUCUGCUUUCUGCCCCUGAUGUUGGCAAAUGUGGUCGAUGAUGAACGCAAAACCUCCUACCCCUGGCUGCACAUUGUGGCCUCGGUAAUGGCCUGGGCCUCGAGUGUCAUAAAUCCCAUCAUCUAUGCUGCCAGUAAUCGAAAUUAUCGCAUUGCUUAUAUGCGACUAUUUAGGCGGGUGAAAUUUUGGAAUCAGGACGUCGUCUCAACAAUGCCCAGUAAAACAAAACAUUCAAAGGAAUUAUCAGGGCCCGCCCGUAGCACGCCACCUGCUCUGCUAUGUGGCACGGGAAAUCGUGACAACAGAACGGAACAUUUUCCAACCUAUUCAGUUUAAGUGAACCCCCCCCCCCCAACCCGAGAGGGGCAGCAUCGUAAUUUAUAUAUCUACAUACGAGCGAACGAACGAGUCAUUUUGAGUUGCAAAUUUUCGAAAUUAAAUAACAAAAAAAAUAUUCCCUACUGGAAUGCCAUAUAACUACCUACGAAUAUACAUAUUUGUGUUUAUGUAUUACUUACAUAUCUAAUUAUAAAAUAUAUAUAUAUAAUAAAUAAAUAAAUAAAAUAAUUAAAUAAAUUAAAAGGAAAUAA